AUGGAACCGCUCCGACACCUCAAUACUCACGGCCAGUCCCCUCACGCUGGUGUCGGUGCCAGUCACGAACUUGAACGCUCUGCAAAGAAAAGAGCACUGGCUCGGCCGAAUCUCCUUCGCGUGGUGAUCAGGCUUAUCACCCUCACGGUCGGAGCGUCCAUCGUGGGCGUCCUGGCUCACGCAGCGGUAGUCUGGUACACGACGCGGAACGACAUCCUCAUGCAGCCGCACGGCAUCCGCAUGCGAGGGUGGCCGGCGCAGAUGAAUCUGAUUCCCACGUGGAUCAUGCUCUCGGUGGCGGUGAUUGCGAUGGUCGUACAGAUAAUUGCACUUUUAACGUUGCUUCGAGGGGGCUACCGUCUCCGAGAAUCUACCUGGCACACCUGGGGUUUGUUCCUCACUUCCCUCGUGGGUAUCGCGAUAUGGGUCACCGCCGCGGUGUACUUCAAGCUUCAGGACAACAAGGGGGAGAGGAACUGGACCCUUUGGUCCUGGUCAUGCUCGCACAAGUAUCUCGUGAAUGGGAAGAUGUCGUUCCAGGCCAUGUGCGUCGAACUGAAUUACUGCUUUAACAUCGCCGUGGUGGUUGCAGCCCUGGAGGUGCUGACUUUGAGCCUGUUCGGACUUCAAUUGCGAAAGGCCAAGAGACAAGGUGGAUAUACCAGUAUCACGGGGGGGGGAACGAUGAUGGCGACGAUUCUUGUCAACUUCGCCCAGUCUGACCGCCGCACUGUCCGGAUGCAUUUCUGGUGAUUUGGAUACCCGAUUCCUUCGCUGUGUCUGAUGGUGGGCAUUUGCGCGCGGUCGGAUCUCUCCAGUGUACAUUAAUGCUUUGUGAUUGUGUCUGUUUUCUGGAAUGCUUAAGGUUAG